UCAUUGACACCUGGUGGGUGUCAAUAUGGUUGAAUGUAGCAGAAUUAGUGUUUAUGAUAAAUGCUUUAGGGUUAGUGCAACUAAUGUUUUAGCUAGAGCCAAUAGUGUUUGUGUGUUUUUUUCCAAGGAGCAGCAGCCAGUGACACUGUAAGAGAUAAAGUUUUUGCGAAAAUGAAGUCCCAUCGUUUAAGUUCCAACACUGCGAGUUGAGACUAAACAAAGCUGCUCGCCUCCAGACAAGCUUAUCGUCUCCGGACAGACAUUUCCUCAAUAAUCGUCCGGCUGUCUUUGCUACGCUUCACCUCACGUCAUGUUUCCUCUCACAUGAAUCAUUGCUUCCCGUGUGACAGAGGAAAAUUUUAAUAUUUGCAUUUCCCUCUGGGUUUAGCAUAACAGUCUGCUAUUCAAAUAUGCUGCUGGUCAUUAUGAAGGAAAAAUUAAGAGUAAACAAAAAGUUGAGGCAGAGGUGUUUAUAUGGGUUAAAGUGAAACCAAGAGCAAGCUGGGGUGCUGCAGAGUUCAUGAUGCUUUUUUUCCACCCUUCAGUCUGUGGGUUAGAGGUGGAACUUCUCACUUGAACACUCCCACAGGGCUGACAGCGAGCUGCGGCGCAGAGAGGGGAAACUUGGCAAACAAAAAGCUGUGAGGUUCACUUCUGAGAAGAGCGUCGUUUUACUGCGAGGCAAAACAACAUGAGGAAACUUUUCAUUCUCCUUCUCCUGUUUGCCCUUUUUGUACACGGGACACUUCAGAAACAUGGAAAAAAGAAGAACUUGCCGGAGAAAGUGUUCCCUCAGCCCAGAGUGUUUUUAGGAAUCCGUCCCACACUGUCUGACGCCCAUGGCACCCAGCCUCCCAACGCCACUGAUCCUCCGUCUCUGCAGGGCUUAAGCGACACUGCCGUAGGGUACCUCAAAGGACUCCUGAGCACCAGAGUCAUCCCCGUCAUCUACCUGCUGGCGGUGAUCGUCGGGAUCCCGACCAACAUCACCAUCCUGUGUUUGCUCGCCACCAAAAUUAGGAAGGUGUCGUCCGCCAUCCUCUACUGCAGCCUGGCCGCCUUCGACCUGUUACUCCUCGUCUCUCUCUUCUUCAAGGCUCACUACCAUCUCCUCGGAAACAACUGGGUGCUCGGAGAAGCCGCCUGUAAGGUGGUCACCGCCUGUUUCUAUGGUAACCUCUACGGCUCGGCCCUGACUCUGGCCUUCAUCGCCGUCAAGCGCUACAUGGCGGUGGUACACCCGUUCAUGUUCAAAACGCUGCCCAAGAAGAGGUGCAUGGCCUUUGCCGUCCUGGUCCCGUGGCUGGCCUUCGGCGCCUCCGUCGUUCCCCAGGUUUUGGUCCAACAGACAUUUUGGGUCUCCCAGCUGAACCGCACCACCUGCCAUGACGUGAUGCCCCUGAAAUCUGACUCUCACAAGUUCCUGCUCUUUUGCAACCUGACUCUGGCGGUUCUGUGCCUUCUGGUGCCCAUGGUUGUCACCACAGUGUGCUUCAUCAAAAUCCUCACCGCCCUCAACCAGUCGCACUAUGACUGGGCGAUGUACAUCAAGUCCAGCUCUCUGGUGUUUACCAUCUUUCUGCUGUGCUUCCUUCCCACUGGUGUCCUGCACUUUCUCCAUUAUGUGCAGCUGUCUGCGGGAGGAGCAGAGAGUCUGUACAAAUAUUUCAACAUGGCGGUGUGUCUCUGCUGCCUCCACGCUUGCCUGGACCCCUUCUUCUUUUUCCUCAUGUCCAAGUCUGCAGGAAGCAAAUUGUACUUUCUGACCUUCAAAGGCAAGAACGUCAGUGUGUCAUUCUGAAAGACAAUAAGGGUGUUUUCACACCUGAUAGUCCUUUAGACUCGGUUCGAUGGGGUAACGUGUUACAUUUUCAACAUUUGUUACAUUUUCAACUGGUGCGGUUUGCUUUCACACUAAACUGUGUCAAACGAUCCCAGCCUUUUGAAAAACCUGUCUGGGCGCUGCACCAAGAACCGCUGAGGGGAAUUAACAUCCUACUUUGCAAAGCGUAAACAAAAAUGAAGUAGGGUCAUAAUUUAGCAAUUGUAGGACGUCUCUUUUGUCUUUGGUAAAAGACCAUGAGCCGUUUCUCUCGCUACCGCUUUGGAGCGAUCUCAUGUCUGCUUGCAUUCACAUAUGCAUUCGAACCGCGCCACAGUUAACUUCAACAGAACUGAGACUUAGGUUUUUUUAGGCCGAGCAGAGUUUGCUUCUUACAUCCGCAUCAGAGUUCGAUUAGGCCAUGAACACCUUAACAAACGAAUCGGACUUUCGGGGCAAAUGAACUAGAGUUCAAUUAACGUGAACUAAACAGUCCUGGUGUGAAUGCACCCUAAAUGUUUUAAAGAAAACUGACAAAUUUCAUGCUUUCUGUGGCUGGAACCCAAAGAGAAAGUAAAUCGGUUUAAGGGAGCAUUAGCCUUGAUGCAACGGUUGUUUUGAAAGUAGCACUUUUCUUUUCAAUAAAUGUUUAUGACAGAUUGGUUUAAUGAAACCUGUACCUUUAUUACCAGUUUGAUGUUAAUGUUACAAAAUAGUUGAAAGCAUUCUUAAAUGUAAUUUCUUUCAAGCUGAUAAGUACGGAGCCCCUCUGCUGACACUGGAGACGAAAAAACCCCCCAAAAACUACUCACACCUCUUGAAGCUCUUUUACAUUUGGAAAAGCAGCAUUUUGUUUGGAUUUAAUAAUAAUGCCUGAAGGUUUAUGACUGUUUGAAAAUGUUUCACAAGGGGCAGACAUUGCAAAUUAGCUUUGGCUACAAAUGUUAGCAUGUAAGGUGGUUGUUAAUACCUGGGACUUGUUCAUAUCGAAAUAUUUAAUUCAAUUCAAAGCCACUAAAACCAAAUCUUAUUUUAAAAAACCAUUAAGGAUCAAAGUGCUGUACAGAUGAGUAAAACAUAAAAAAAGAUUAAAAUACAAGAUUAAAAAGGCAUUAAACAGAUGCAAUCAUAAACAUAAAGGAGAAUCAAAUAAAUGAGUAAAUAAUACUUGCAACAUCUCAGAUGGCGUCGAAAAAAAGAUGGGUUUUAUGACGGGAUUAAAAAAUGUUCCAUCAUGCUGUAACUAGUUUAAAUUCCUAAGAAAGCU